GGAACAGGUGCACCCACCCGUAACGUUUCAUCAAUCACGUAUUGUAAUUAUUUACAUUAUCGCAAAGAUUGGAUUGAAAUAUCCGAACCUUCCGGUCCAAAUUCCGAGAGAAUUGUGCUUCGAAGUUUGGAGUAGACGGCAGGAUUACGUGCGAUAUGGCUUGUCACACAUUUUGUGCGAAAGGACUGUUCAAAACCGAAGUCAUACACCCUUUACCCACAACAGAAGACAGACAAUCGGGAGGAAAAGUGCAAGGACUUGGAUCCAAGAGCCGGUGUUGUGGCAUGCUCUCUUAGCAAGUGUGUUUUCAAAAAAGGUCGCAAAACGAUCAGUCCUGAAUUCAUGUUGAGAGCUUCUAAUCUGUUGCCAGAUAACCUUCAGAAAGACGACUUAGAGGUGCAAUCAGGCGAGAAUACAAAUUCAGUCGAUGCUGAAGAAUGGACAUAUGCAAGGAUAGAGGAAGAGAGAUUAAGAGAGAAGAAAGAUCACAGACACUUUGUCUGUGGAAAGCCAGCAGGACCUGGGGCAAUCAUUCACAGGGGGAUCAGAAACUCUGGGGAGACAUACUGAUGGUACGGGCAUAGUUGGUGUCGUAUCUACUCUUGCUCAACUGGCUGGUCUGAAGAGGGACUAAAUCCUGUGAGCAAUUGACGCUCAUUGAUUCUGGAAAUUAAGUUCCAA